AUGCCGUCACUCUUACCCUUGAAGAUGAAAUCAAACCUGCAAUGUAUAGGAUAAAGAAACAAUGGCGAUAGUGAGAGUAAACACCACCUCACUGACGCCGUUAAUUUCUUCUAGAACCUUCUUUCCUUCUUCUACAUUCUCCUUCUCAUCACCACCAGUUUUCCGUACAGCUUCAACAGCAGCUGCUGACAUGGCAACAACAACCACCAGCACCACCAAAAUCAUCGAUUCACACUUACACGUGUGGGCGUCUCCUCAAGAGGCGAUUGAGAAAUUUCCUUAUGUUCCUGGUCAGGAACCCUCGAUACGCGGUAAUUUCGACUUUUUGAUUAAAUGUAUGGAAGAAGCAGGUGUGGAUGGUGCACUGAUUGUGCAGCCGAUUAAUCACAAGUUUGAUCAUUCAUAUGUCACAAGUGUAUUGAAGAAGCAUCCAUCCAAAUUUGUUGGAUGUUGCCUUGCAAAUCCAGCAGAAGAUGGCAGUGGAGUACAGCAACUUGAACGUCUAAUCUUGGAGGAUGGUUAUCGUGCUAUUCGCUUUAAUCCGUACUUAUGGCCAUCUGGUCAGCAGAUGACAAACAAAAUAGGGAAAGCAAUGUUCUCAAAAGCAGGAGAGCUCGGAGUGCCAGUAGGCUUCAUGUGCAUGAAGGGUCUCAACUUGCAUAUAUCGGAAAUCAAGGAAUUGUGUAGUGAAUUUCCGAAAACAGUAGUACUGCUUGAUCACUUAGCCUUUUGUAAACCUCCUAUGGAUGAUGAAGAAGCCAAAACCUUCUCAGAGCUCCUCGGGUUAUCCAGAUUUCCACAGGUUUAUGUGAAAUUUAGCGCCCUGUUCAGAGUUUCGAGAAAAUCAUUUCCAUAUGACGAUUUAACACCUCUUAUUUCUCAAGUAAUUUCCAGCUUUGGCGCCAACCGUGUGAUGUGGGGCAGUGAUUUCCCCUUUGUUGUUGAAGAAUGUGGUUAUAAGGAAGCAAAAGACGCCGUGUCUGUAAUCGCUAAUCAAGUGCCAAUCUCGUCUUCUGACUUGGAGUGGAUCAUGGGAAAGACUGCUAUGCAGCUUUUCCAAGGACAAUGGACUGCUUCUUGAUUUUCAACACUCAUUUUGGUAGAGACAAACGUUAACUACCAAUCCAUUCGACCAUACUUUAGAACCCGAUGCAUCGCGCUAUUGCUAGUAAUAAGCAUUUUUCUUUUCAACCUGUUCUUUUAUAAGAUUUGAGAUAAACGAAGUUAGGUACAUACCAUAUAAAAUAGUUUAAACUGUGUUUUCGUAACCAGGACGGUGAUUAAAAUUUUCUUGCAUAAAUAAUUUAAUAAUCACGACUAACGUCGGUUGGACGUCA